AUGGUCAACGUAAACGACUCCGACCAGGGCGCACGGAGCGACGCCGCAGAGCCGCUGCCGCUGCCGCUACUGGACACAGACGAGACGUCCGCGUGCGUCCAGUGCUACAAGACGGACGUCAAGUACCGCUGUCCGCGCUGUGAGCGCCUCACGUGCUCGCUGCAGUGCUGUGUGGGCCACAAGAAGCAGUUUGACUGCAACGGCAAGCGCGAUCGCACCAAGUUCGUGCGGCUGCAGGAGUUCACGGACGCCGAUCUCUCGAGCGACUUUUUCUUCCUGGAAGAAGUCGCUCGCUCAGCAAACUGCGCGGCACGGUCGCACAGUCCAUUGAAUGCAACAGUGCGACGCUAUGGCAGCAAUAAGAAGCAAAAAAGUGCAAGGAUGAAGCAACGCGGUCGACAGCUGUCACACCUUGUGAACCCGGACGUGCCGGCCGACUGGUUGACGCGCUUUCCUGUUGCUGUGCAGCUAUUUGCAAAACAUGCAGCUGGAAAUGGCGUCGCGCUGACGAUCCUUGCACCGGGAAUGAGCAAACGAAUGCGUAACUCGUCUUAUGUGGAUACGAAGAACAAGACAGUGUUUUGGCGCGUUGAGUGGCUAUUUCCUAGUGCGGAGGUGCCCGUGAGUCAUUUCGAGAAACGAGCAGAUGAGAAGAUGACACUCUAUGCACUGAUUGAGAAGUACCUUGCUCCUACCCAGGAAAAUGUUGCUGUAUGUGGAAAGCUAAAGAAGUACGCGGUGCCUGACUGGGAGAAACAUGUUUUACUGCUGCUGCGAAAAGAGUUCACUCCGGCAUCAUGUCCACAAUAUUACCGGCUGAAUGGCAACGAGAGUCUGGGAAGUAAUUUGAAACGAAAGGCGGUGGCCGAGUUUCCCGUGAUCACCGUUGCGCUCGUGGCUAACGCUGACAAGUAUCCCGUGGCUCACGAUAUAAUCGAGGCGAUUGACUCGAUUGAAAAAGAUGAGCGACCACAUGCUACUGAGAUUAAAGCGGUGGAGGCCGAAAGCAGGGAUGUGCGCCAUAAGACUGGUUUGGAGUUGUUGACUGUUGACGACACAGGAAGUUUGGUCAAUCACUUUGCUACAUCAGAAAAAGAUGACAGACAAGCAAAAGCAACCGUCCAGUCCGAAAAGUUGCUGAUCGAAGAAGUUCGGGUUUCUGCUCACUAG